AUGACCAGCACCUUCCGCAUCGUCCUCACCCAGGACGAGGGCUACGAUGUGCACAACACUCGCGAGUUUGACGUGGCCCUUGGCUCCAAGUUUACCAUCGGUCGUGCAUCCAAGAACACCUCCAAGGGACACCUGCUGCCUGCCAAGCACAACGUCUACAUCGACAGCCCUGUCGUGUCUCGAGAGCACGCCAUCCUGACCGCAAACACUGCCACCGGAGCUCCACACGUCUACGUCACCGACACCAAGUCCAUGCAUGGCACCUUUGUGAACGGCACGCCCCUCGUCCCUGAUACACCAAAGCAACUGUCCAACGGCGACAAGCUGCAGUUUGGCGUCAACGUCUGCCGAAAUGACUGCUACUUCGUCGCGUACAAGUACACCUUCCGCGCCGAGCUCUCUGACCCUGAGCCCUUCUCUCGUGGCUUCACUGUGCCAGAAGCAGAGUCCGAAGAAGAGGACGUAGACUACCUCCCGUCUGGACGCGGCAGCCAGCUGAAUCCUCUCGUGCUCGACGACUCGGAUCCCGAAUCAGAGCACCAUGAGCACUCUGACUCGGAGAUCGACGGUGACGUGACCAUGGCACUGUUGGACGAGGACGAGGACGCUGAGGACUGUGAGGCUCUCAUUAGUGAUGACUCCCAGGAGGAAGAGGGGGAGACUGCCGAUAUCAGCAUCAUCGAUAGCGACAGUGAGAGCGACAUGGAGGGCGAUGCAGCAAGUACAGGCAGUGUCUCUGGUCAUGCUCUUGAUUCGCCCUUUGUCCAUGAAGCUCACCACAUCCAACAGGUAGAGAAGAUCACUGCCAUCGAGCAAAGCCAGGCAACGCCCGCUGACCAGAGCUAUUCCUCGACCACGCCGUCAGCACCGCUUGAGAAGUCACCAACGGCCGAACCAUUUUCGUAUGGAGACUUUGAGUACCCUUCGAUCCCGGACCUCCCCCUGCCGCCGUUUGGUACGCUCAGCCAGAACCCUGAGAGCUCCAUGUUCGAUAGUGCACUCGCUCCUCCCCUUCCUCCACGCCCUUCAGAGAAGAGGCAGAAGAUGUGGGACCAAGCACCGCAACAAGGCUAUGACGAGUGGCUCACCGAAGAGUCUCACAUUGCGCCAGUGUACUCUCCUGCUGGCUUCACUGAACACGCCCCUCUCUUCCGUGAUGUGCCUGCCCACGCAUCGCAGCAAAUUAAGCUGCCACACUUCAGCAGUUUCAGUCCAGAGCGUGUUCCUGCUUACAAGCCAGUCGCGGACCGCAUGCAGACUCCUCCACCCACACUGACUGCCGACGUGGUCAGCACAACACCACCACCUCCUACACGCAGGACUGGUGUCUCCAUUACUGAGAUCGUCGAAGAGCAACCACCGACGCCCACCUCGGUGAACAGCCGCAAGCGCAGCGCAGACGAUGCUUUCGAAGUAGAGGCAGAGGACAACGACGAGAAGAUGCCGACGCGCUCACUCGAAGUCGUGGAAGUAGUGACGGAGCCCAUCAACGAGACCAUCACGCCCGCAUCAGACGUGCCUUCUGUUGAACAGACCACGCCUCUGUCUCAGCGACCGAUCGCACAGCCAAGGUCCAUCUUGAAAAAGGCCCUCCGUGCGGCUAGUCUGAUGGUGCCUGCUACGGCGCUCGGUGCAGCUGUAUCCGUUGUUGCCCUCACGGCUCUGCCAGAGUCAUUCUUUACGGUGGCUUAG